GUUGUAUCAAUGUGUUGCCGUGUUGUGAUAAUCUAGUAGUUUUUUCUUUCUCUUUUCGUCGACUUUUAAUGAUUAUUGUACUUAAAUAUUUUAUGCAUUUUAUGGAUAUUGAUAGAAUCACAAAUUCCAAAAGUACUUGUUAUCGUUACAUUCUACAAAGUUUGUUAAAGUAACGUAGCAUUAGAGUAGCAAAGUACUGCAAUCAAUAUAAGAGGCUUUGUUGUGAAAAAGUUGUAAAAUGAGACACAUAAAUCCACAUUCUACACCAAACUAUAUUGUAAAUAGGACUCAAAGUGUGAGUUCACAGCAGGCUGAAAUAGAAUCUGAUAUCAAUGAAACAAAUGAUAGUGAUACUGCCGAUUCAUAUCAAGUGGUUUCAAGUACUACUGACGAUCUUUUGUUAAAAAGUAAAGAGGUAAAAAAUUCAUCUGAAGUAUCAAUAUCAUCUACUGAAGAUGGUAAUCUUAAUCAAUCUACAAAGUCAACUGAUCGCAAAUCUAGAUCAAGAUCUCGUUCUCUUAACGGUUCUUCACGUUCUCAGUCAGGUUCUUCUGUUCAAUCAGACUUAGGUUUUCAAACUAGAGAUAAGUCAAAGUCUAAAUCCCGAUCAAGAUCCAAAUCCAAGUCUCGUUCAAGAUCCAACUCUAAAUCAUCAUCAGUAUCAUCAGUUGAUUCUCAAUCUGCAUUUAAAAGAACUAAAACAAAACGUAGAAUUGAAUCUGAUUCCGAUGAUGAUUUCUCAGUUAAAAAUGAUAAUGAUUCCAACGAUGAAAGUCAAGAACCAGAAAAUAAAAUAGUUCAGAAAACAAAAUUCAAAAAGGUUAAAAUUAUGUCUGAUUCUGAGUCUGAAGAUGAAGAAAUUAAAUUAAAUGUAACCGUUAGUGUAAUUAAUACAAUUUUAUUUUGCAUUAUUUUUGUAUUGAUUAUUAUUUCAAUUAUUAAGGAUCGCAAAGAACAUGAUAUAUCUGAUGAUGAUAAUGCAGAAAAUGAACUAAAAUAUAAAGAUGUAUUACCUGAAUUAUCAGAUGACUCUGACAAAGAGGAUGAUAUAAGUGUAGUGGCUGAUGCAGUCUCUGUUAACAAAGAAGAUGUGGAUGAUCCUGAUGACCCAGAUGAACGUGAAAACGUUAAUAAUGAUCAUCCAGUAUCUGACUUUGAGCUUAUGAUGAUGAAGAAAAAAGAAGAACAAUCAAUGAAACGUCGUAGGAAGGAUAUUGAUAUUAUUAAUGAUAAUGAUGACAUCAUUGCUGGACUAAUUGCUGAUAUGAAACAUGCAGCUGAAUCUGAUCGAAAAUUAAACAAAGAAGGAAAACCGGCCAUUAACAAAAUAACCAUGUUGCCAAAAUGUUUAUCACAAUUGAAGAAACACAAUUUGAUGUUAGCUUUCAUUGAGCAUAAUGUAUUAAAUGUUUUUACUGAUUGGUUGGCCCCUAUGCCAGAUAGAAGUUUGCCUUCAUUACAAGUCCGCGAGUCUUUGAUAAAACUUUUAGCUGAUUAUCCUCCAAUUGAACAAUCUACUCUUAAAUAUUCUGGAAUCGGUAAAGCUGUUAUGUAUUUAUACAGACACCCUAAAGAAACUAAAGAAAAUCGAGAACGCGCUGGUCGUCUAAUUAAUGAAUGGGCUCGUCCAAUUUUUAAUUUAUCAACUGAUUUUAAAGCUAUGUCCAAAGAAGAAAGAGAAGUAAGAGAUUUGGAACAAAUGCAAAUGCCCAGGCAAAAGCGCUCAAGUAUGGAUGAUUCUGGUAACAAAAAUGAUGAUGACGAUGAUGAUGAUGAUGAAGGUCCAAGAACAUUAAAACCAGGAGAUAAAGGGUGGAUAUCCAGAGCUCGUGUACCUACACCAUCAAAUAAGGAUUAUGUGGUUAGACCAAAAUCAAUUACAGACGCUGAUAUUUCAAAGGCCGUAAAGCGUCCAAUGAACAGAUUUGAAAAGCACUUGAAAAAUUAUAUGGAUAGCAAAAGGAAUAAUCAAUCCAAGCGUGCAGUUCCAAUAUCAAUAGAAGGCAGAAAAAUGGGAUUAUAACUAUUUACUAUAUUUGACUAUUAUAAUUGUAUUUGACUAUUAUUAUUUUUUAUUUAUUGUAAAAACUACUGUAUUAUUUGUUUUAACCAUGUAUGAUGUAGUUGGUACUUAAAUACAUUGAGAUAAUAAACAUUA